AUGUCGAGUGUACAAGCCAAAAACGAAUGUGCAGAAUAUGUACUCUUGAAUUGGACAAUGAAUGAAUGGAACGAGGGAGACCAGGCGAACCUUGGUAAUAUCAACGAAUUAGCAAAGCGGGAAAAAUGA